AUCUACCAUUAGCAAUAGAUUAAAUAUGAAAAAUUACAAAUUACAGCAAACGAACGAGCAAAAGUCAAACCGUUACCAUAAAUUCAAACGUCCCAUUCAAAUCACACUGCAAUGUCGACUUCACGCAAUCCUUACGUCGACGACUCUAUGCACCUUGUUCCGCUAUGCCGGCAAAUUCAAAUGUCAACAAUUUUGACACUUUGCUUGUGCUUGGGAUUUGCGGUCGAAUUUGCUCCAAAACGUGCGUGAAAAAAGUUUCCGUAAUCCCAGCUUUGAAUAAAUAGAAAAAAACAUUGCAUAUAAACUGUUUCCAGACACAGGCAAACGGAGAAUGGAUUCAAGCGAUUGAAACGACUGUUGAAACAGUGUUCCGCACGAGUGGUACCGCGUGUGUGUGUGUGUGUCUCGUGCUCUAAACCCGUGGACCCCGGAAAAGCCGAACAGGGAAAGGGAAGGGGUCCUGCCCUGCCGCAAAGAAAAUGGGCGCGAACUUUCUAAUCAUGCUGGGCACGAUCGUGGUGCCCUUGGUUGUGAUCUGCUUCGUGUCGAUCGUUACGUUCGUUAAUCUGUACUUAAACGUCAGGAGACGCUUCCCGGCAAAGGUAAACUGUUGGUUCUGCAAUCACGAUACGCACGUGCCGUACGAGCAAUCCAACUCGUUCGUCUGUCCGGCGUGCAAGCAGUACAAUGGGUUUAGCGCUGACGGUGACUACAACCGGGAGAUCCCGGAACAGUACCAGCAGCGGCUGAACAAUUACCACUAUCACCAUCCCGCAAACGUCACCGACGAUGAUAAAUGGGAUAGUUCCACCGUCCGGUCAGUUGCCGGCAGUGGACGCCCCCAGCCCACCAGCAACGGACUGUGCUUCGGGUGCAAUCGCAACCAGGAGCUGAAAAUACAUCAACUCGCAUCGUUCGUGCCGGAAAAUGAGGAUAACUAUGAUGCUGAGGUGGAAGAAUACCGCAAACAGCUGGAACAGGCAUACAAACUGUGCGGCAGAUGCGAACGCGUGUUGAAGCGUACGCUGAACGAUGUGAAGCGCAACGUACUCGGCUCGAAGCUGGCCCAGAUCGGUAGCAAAAGCUUGACCGCGCUCGACAUGCACAUUCGGGCGUCGGGGAAGCAGCAGGCCCACCAGAAGCGGCAACGCUGGGCGAAGGUGUGCGUCUGGGCCAUCACGGGACUGCUGGCGGUGAAGCUGCAGCACCACUUUGCCGACUCGGGCUGGACCGUUGCCGAGCUGAUGCUGCACUGUCCGGCUGCAAUACUUUCCGCCUUUAACAUGGCCCUCUCGUACGGUAUGGCAAUGCGCGAGCUGUUCUGGAAUCUGGCUGACCGAGUGCUAGCCGAGCCGAGCGUGCAGCAAACGACGGAGCGUUUCGAAACGAUUGGGUACGAAAUAUUUCUCCAGUACGUGCCGAAGUCGGUGGUACAAACGUCCGCCCACUACCUGGAAUCACUAUCGGCACAGGUGCCACACGAGCGCAGCUCUCCUGCACUGCUGAACGCUGCGAUAGUAGCGCUGGCCGCACUGCUAGCCUCCUUAGGCAGUCAGCGAACGAUCGUCAAACAGCUGCUGAUCGUAGUGCUCUGUGCCGCCGAUUGUGCAGUAGUGUUUGCGGAGGCGAAAGAUGCACCGACAAUAGCCUUUCUGCUAACUUCCGGAGCCCUCUUAGUAUCGCUCAGCUGCCUAGGACAGCGUUUAAUACGCAGCGAUGUGCCGGCCGGCAAUCUCAAUUCUAGCUUCCACAAGAUCUACUCCCAGCAGUGCAAGGAAAGCGACUACUCCGACGCAGAAACAAGUGCCGCUGGUGAACGGGACACCUCAUUCACCGGACCGGGUCAAGGUCAUGGCUCGUUCGGUAGCAAAAGCCCCCCUUUGCUUCACCGCACCAUAGCGGGGGGUGGUGAUAUGAGCGGUAAAUCGCUCGAUACAACAAAAUCCGGCAGCCCUUCGGGUAUGUCGUUCUCGACCACCAAUCCGUUCCUGAUGGCGGACGGAUCGCCUCCGCUAGGCUGUGGCAGCAAAAUUAGUGGCUCUCUGUUCAACGUUGCUGCCUGCACGAACCAUCGCAGCAGCAGCAUUGGACCAGCCGAUAAGGAGUCGGUGUUUAGCGGCAGAACCAUCGUCCCGUCGUCCAACCAUCACCCCUCAUCAGCCCAUUCGCUGCUGAAAACACCAUCCUUUUCGGUGGACAACUUUCAAACGGUAUCACACGGCUUAACGCACCGGCGAAACCACUCUCGCUACUCGGGACCGACCAACAACCAGUUCCACUACUCGAUGAGCACAAUUAACCAGCAGGAAGAGGAGGACCACCCCAGUCAACUCAUCCCGGACGAUAUCGAUCGGCUAUCGAUCAGCGGGCGUGUGUCGUUAAAUUCGGCUUCAGUACUGUCGCGCAGUCGUGUAUCGCUCAGUGGCACCACUAACCCUUUUGCGAAGAAGUCACUGCACGAGCCGGAAUACGAUGAGCGCGUGAUGCUGCCAUCAGCCGGAUCGCUGCAUCAUCGGGCACGCGUGUUCCGUGCGCCCGAACCAUUUAAAGGCUACGCCAAAGACACACUAUGGACGGGUGGUAACGGCGGGGGUGGUAUCGGUGGCCCCUUCGGUGGUCAGCUGACCCACAUGUCGCGCACCUCAUCCCAGAGCUCCGGGUUUGAAUCGCAGGCCGGCACCACGCGCCGUAACACUCCGACCGAGGUGGACAGUGCGGCGAACGUCGAAAUGCCAUCCGAUGAGCUGCUGUCGCAGCAUAUCGCUUCUCAGCCCCGCAGCGAACAACCCUCACCAGUCCCAUCGUCGGCGUCCGUUUUCGAGUGGAACAACAUCACCGGAGGAGCGUCCAUAUUUGGCAGCAAGGCGACACCAUCCUCCCAGCACCAGCGCUCACUGUUUAGCGAGCAAAACCUCUUCAACAGUGCGCUGCAACAACCGACCGCAGCAAUCGACGGUAGAAUGGGGCCCGCGCAAGGAGGUGCUGCUGCUGCUGCUGCUGGUGGUUUCACAACGAUGGAAGGAUCGGGACUCUUUUUCCCCAAACUUGCCCGCACCUCCACCAUCGGCAAUGGGUCUAUAGCAACCGGCACCACCAUUACGCCGCACAUGGCCGCUCGUCACAUUUUCCCGCCCCAACAGUCCAAAACGCCAUCCUACCAUCAUCAGUUUAGCCAUAACACUACUACUACUACUACUGCUGCAGGGGUGUGCACGCCCUUCGGUAAUACUGCCAGCUUUGCGAGCAAAGCGUUACCCUCCUCACCGGCCUCGCUUGCCGGUAGCAGCCACUAUACCUCAACCAAGUCAACUGCCACCGGCAGAGCAAGCCUGCUGAACAUUAGCAAAUUUACGCAUGAACUCAGCCACAACGGAACCCUGCCCACUGCCUAAGGGAGGAGAAGAAAAGGAAAGACAAGUUUAGCUUAAGUUAGAUAGGUAAAAAUAUCAGUGCUGCCAGCAGAGAGAAAUUCUUCUGCGCACCGAGGUGUGAUUGUAAAGUUAUACGUGUUUCGCUUUUUUUUUGGUAUUGCAAUUUUUUUUACAUUGAAAUAAAAAUAAUAAUCACUGCUGUGAACAUAAAUCGUGCAUCGUCGUGAACGAUUUCAUUUUCGUUCCCUUUUGGUUAGUGAAAUUAAGCAUUAUAACGUAAGGGUUGGUUGUCUUACUUACUCUGCAGUAGUUCCGGUGUGACCACUCCACGAUCUAGUUCUACCGGUUAAUUUUGGCCUUAUUAUCCAAGAUGCACUGGCCACGCUACGUUUUCAUCUUGCACCUAAAACACUUCCAUUGUCCAUGUCGAAGAAUUCAAAGGCCUUUACAGACCAGGCGGCGUUGUCUUGUGAUAUGCAAACCGGACCUUUCCUGUGUGAUUGCUCGACAUUUUCCGCCUGCUACAGAUUGGUUUCCCUUAUCUUCCUUUUUCGCCCAUUAGUAUCCUAGCAACUGAUCGGCCCGUAGUGUUUUCGGAUGUUGUUGAGCGUACAACCGGCAUGCGGGCACUCUCCUGUAAGUAGGUUGAUGAACAAGAAGCUAGGAACUUACUCGAUAAACGGAAGCAACAUUCCAGCACAAUCCACAUUUAAAGAUUGUGAGAAAUGUAAUGCUAAUAUCCCGCGCUGGUGUGUGUAUUGUGAUUGAUAAUUGCCUAAUUUUUAUUUUUCCUUCGCACGAUGCAGGCAGUAUAUAAUAAUAAUAAUAAUAAUAGUAAUGAUACCUGGGCUAAAUGUUUGCGUCCUGUUUGCUGUAUCCCUAUGUUUUGGAAAGAGUGAUUUUGUAUUCAAAAUUGAUUUCAAGUGUAUUUCACUGUUUGCUUUCUUUGCAUUUAGGAGGGGAAGGGAGGGGGGAUGUGUGUCGUUUCCUAGCCUACAAUUGUUACCGAGUCUUUUUUUAUUUAUUAUUAUUUACGAAGAGGAACGGGUGCCUAAGGAUCGGUCGGUGUGUGGACAGACACAUUCGGAUCACUUUCUUGUUAGAGUUCAAUAUACUAGGAAACAGUCCGUUGUUUAGUUCAGAUUCUUGCCCUCCUUUUGCCAUGCUACGCGCUACAUCUCAUUUAACCUACUUCUUUGCCCUUAGUGCACAAACGGGAUAAUAAUAAUACAGCAGUAUGUGUGUGUGUGAGUGUUUUGUACCGAAAACGAGGAGUGUGUGGCAUUUUAACUAAGGUCUAAGUGAUGGGAGCAUAUAUAGCAUCCACACCCGAUACACAUCAAACGUAGAUUAGAGUUUACAUGUUUUAAAAAUAUGCUAACAUAAAGCAUAAAACAACAGUAUAAACAUUCAAGCUUAGCAUUCUGAUGCAGUGCCACUUAUCUGUAGUGAAUCAAAUUUUCUCUGGAGCCACGCUCUGGGGCUACUGAUAGUGAAUGUGUGUGUUACACUCUCUGUUACUGCAGAUGUUAUCUUAAGAGUAUUUCCAUUUAACAUCGCAACUACCUCUUCCUUUUGUUUGCUGUUGUUGCUGGAAAGCAUACGUAAAAAACACCGGCAUACACCACACUCAGCUUACCACUAGCACAUAUAAACUCGCAGACUCACUGGACACUCGCUUCCCUAUGUGAUGCGUUGUUUGGUGGGUAAGCGAGCGCCUUCUACGAGGGUAUAACAUGAAAUUUACAUUACUUAAAGCAUUCUCACGCAGCUGAGAAACGGAUAACAAGUAGAUAUCUUCGAGAGAAAAGAAAAAAAAACAAAACAAGCUAGCGUCAGGAAUGGCGUUCGGGGUGUCAGUCCUUGUGAAAAUACUAGCAGUUGUUGCUACAAACAAACAAAACACGAAAGGGAUAAUAAUAAGGAAGGAGGAGCGCGGAAAGAAAUUAAACGUACAGAACUGGCAGGAUAAGCAAAGCCGAGGCACACGCUCUCACCGACGGACCGG